CAGCGAUUUCGCGGGGUAACAGCAACAGCGGAGAAGGAGGCAGAUCAAAUAUAAAGACACAAACACCUGAAGUAAAGAGAUAUUAAUACCUCACAGGAAAGUGGACGCUGUUUUUAAUCGUGUGUCUUUUUGUUUUUGAAUUCCCGCUGUUCGCGUCUGUUCCUGCAAACUCCGAGAUCUGGAGACUGGAGGGUGUUCACAGAUUUGCAUAUAUCUCACUGAGGCCUUGAGGAGGUGAGGCGAGGAGGAACAAUGAUGGCGACGGCGGAGCCUCCGAGCAGCUCUAGCUUCCUCCCCCUGUUGGAGUCUCUGGAGGACAGCGCCGCUGGACAGCCCGAGCAGACGGACGCCUACCUCACCAUCGCAAACCGGCUCAGUGGAGAGGAAGGACGCCAGUUUCUCCCUGCAGUUGAAAAGCACUUUUCUCGUCUGGGUAACGCCGCCCUGGCUCACAUAAGCAGCACAAACGCAGAGCUGAGCCAAGCUGCCCUGCAAGCAUUAGGCUUUUGUUUGUACCAUUCUCACGUUGUCUCUGCAGUUCCUGAAACCCUCGCAGCAGAUCUCCUCUCAGCACUUUGCUCCCUGGUGGUGAAGUCGACAGAUAAGAACACGUGCACCAGAGCAUUAUGGGUAAUCUCCAAACAGAGCUUCCCUCCGGACGUGGUGGCCAAAAAAGUGCCGUCUAUACUGGGAACACUGGAGAGUGUGUGGAGCAGAGAAGACGUCCAGUCGGUGGUGAUGGAGCACGAGGCCUUGAACGUGGUCAUCAGGAUGCUGGAGCAGGUGCAGGCUCAGAUGGGGGACGGAGCGGUCCGGUGGGCGAAGCUCGUCAUCCCGCUGGUCGUCCACUCGGCGUCCAAAGUGCGCCUACGAGCCGCGGCAGCCAUGGAGAUGGGCAUGCCUCUUCUUCUGGAGAAACAGACGGAGGUGGCUGCUAUCAUCGAGCCCCUGAUGUCCUCGAAACUGAUCCCUGAGCUGCAGAAACUUUUCAUGUCCAAGAAUGAAACCAACGUGUUGAAGCUCUGGCCUCUGUUUGUUAAACUGCUGGGGAAGAUGCUUCACAGAGGCGGCCCCUUCAUCAACUCUCUGCUGCAUCUGGAGGAACUCGGUUUCCGCAGCUCUUCUCCCACCAUCAAGAAGAUCGCCUUCAUCGCCUGGAAGAGUCUCAUCGAUAACUUUGCCCUCAACCCAGACAUCCUGUGCAGCAGCAAACGCAUGAAGCUCCUGAUGCAGCCCCUCGCAUCCAUCCACGUCAGGACGGAGGCCCUGAUGCUCACCAAGGUGGAGGUCUGGUGGUACCUGGUGGUCCAGCUUGGACCCAACCUGUCGCCCAACUUCGAUCUGGUUUCUGUUCCUCUGCUCCAGUCCACCAUCGGGUCGGACUCGCCCUCUGUCCCAGGAACACCCUCCAGAGCGGUCAAUCAGAACGGUUCAGUUGCACCCGGAACGCCCAAGAAUGUGGGCGCUCCGGGAUUCAACAGUCCAGCUAGUACGCCUCGGAUGAGCCUGAACUCCAGCGUGCUGAACCCGUCCACCUUCCCGUCCAUUCAGCUCCUCGGCCUGGAGAUGCUGCUGCACUACUUCCACGGACCAGAAGUUAUCGCCACGGCGGCAAAACACAAAAUAAUGCUGAGUCUCGAGCCGUUGAACCAUCCGCUCCUCUCUGGAUCUUCUUCUUUCACUAAACAUGCGGCCAUACUCGUCUCCAACAUCCGAGACGGAUACAUCAACGUUGGCAAAGAGGCUCCAGAUUCUCUGCUGGCUGUCAUUUGGACAAGUCUUGUCCGCUUUGUCACCUUCACCAUCGGAUCAGCAGGCAGUAAGAAGGAGCGUCAGGGAUGUGAAGUUCUCACUCUGAUGCUUCAGGCUCUGCAGAGCGUCGUCACCUCAGAAGCUCUGCCUGCACAUAAAGUCCUGAUUCUGUUCGAGGCCACAUUGAAGGGGAUCCCCCAGAGAGUCCUCGGCUCCGCCUCCUAUCAAGUGGGCAAGAUGGACGUACUGAAUGGAACGCCCGCACUGUUCCUCAUCCAGCUGCUCUACAACAGCAGCAUGCUGCCGGCCUACGUCGAGGACGAGAGGUUUUUUCACUGCCUUCAGACUCUGGUGGGCUGCGGUCUUUCGGGUCACACUUCCCCUCUGGCGUUUGGCGAGGCGGUGCUCGGCGCCGUCAGAAACAGCGCGGCGAACCUCCAGAACAAAGAGCAGCUGAUGAGGAUGUGGAGCGUGAUCGUCAGCCCGCUGACCGAAACCAUCACACAGUCUAAUGAAGUCAACCAAGGUGACGCUCUGGAGCACAACUUCAGCGCCAUGCACGCCGCCCUGUUGUUCCCGCUCACACACCUCCUCCAGCAGGCGUCCCAGAAGUCGAUGCUGACCACGUGGUCAAAACUUUACAAAGUGUUUGCUCGCUGCUCUGCGCUGGUGGUCACAGCCGAGGAGAAUGUCUGCUGCGAGGAGUUCUGUGCGAAGAUGGCGUCAGCCGUCGACAGAGAUGCCCUGAAGGUCCCUUCGACAUUAAAUGCUGUUUCCAGUAUCCUUCAAGUCAUGGUGGAGUGCGUGGACUUCUCCCCGUUCACGCCUCAGUUUCAACAAAGGCUCAAGUCUCCUCACACUCCAGUCAACUGGACGAAGAAGAGGAGCAGGGUCCUGGGGAAUCUCACCACCUUCCAGUCUCUACUGGUUCAGUGUUUGGAUGUGUACCUGGAGGACUCUGGUGCUCCCACUGAACCCGCAGGACUCGCUCUGAUCUCCGUCAUGUCUGCUCUGUUCUCCAACCUUGUCCUCGCCAACACGAUCACAGAAGCCCUGACCUCCCUGGUUCAACCUCUCACGCUUCUCUGCAAACAAGCUGCCAGUGAGCCGCCCAGGUUCAGCUCACAGCUGCAGGGGAAGUUGGAGAAGCUCCUCUGUGAUGUUCUGGGCUGCCUGCAGACUCGCUCUACUUUGGCCUACAACGAUGAACUCCUGGCUCUGCUGUCUCCUCUGCUCUGCGUGGUGUUUCCUCACAAGAGCAAGCAGCUCCGCACCGCCGCCACCCAGUUCUGGAACGCCACCUUCGCCAACUCUGUCAGCCUCACUUACCCCGACGAGAUCAGACCGAUAUUGAGCCAAGUGAAGCAGAAGACUCCCAUCAUUCUUCCUGGAUUCGAGGUUGUCAGCGUUGCCGACGAGCUCAGCAGACAGUACUCUAGUGAGAGUUCCCAGCUGGAGACGAAGCUCAGUGGGAUGCCGGUUUCAUCGGUGGGGAAGAGGGACUCGCUGCUGGGAAAGACCACCGAGCCAAAGGAGAGGAGCUCCGUGAAGACCUCCAAACCAGUUUCUACUAAACUCGACUUUGGCUCUCCCAAACCUCCUCGCAGAGAGGUUUUGGAGGAAGAGGCCUCCAUCGACUUCGUCUUCAUCCCUCCUGAGACGAAGGAGCGCGUCCUGACUGAGCACCAGAAGGAGGUGAAGAGGACUAAAAGGGUCGACAUUCCUGCCAUGUACAACAACCUUGAUGCCUCGCUGGAUACAACGGUUUUCACCCAGUACACACAGAGCCAAGACGACUCUUUGGACAAACUGCCGACCGAACAAGCUGAACAUGUCACCAAAGAAGCUCCUGUCGAGGUUCCUCAAGAAGAUUUACAAAAAGAAGACAAGACUCAAGACUACGCCAGCCCAAAAGCCUUAGACAACGAGACUGAAAACCAGGAGCAGGGAGAAGUGAUCCCUGAAUCAGCAGAUGUCUCCAUGGAAGAUGUCUCCAAAAGUGUAAAUGCAGCAGAAGACUUGGAAAUGCAGACCAAAGAAGGCACAAGCCCUAACAUCUCUGGCUCUUCAGAUUUGGUCUCAGGGACCCCCCAGAAACCCAAUAGUCGCCGUCAGUCCUUCAUCACGCUUGAGAAGUAUGCUGAAGGAAAGCCUGCCAGCCCCAGCAGUGCCGCCAAGUUCACAGGUCCUCUCGUGAAGACCUCAAAUAGCCAAGAAAGCUCUAAGACGCCAUCCUCUCAGACUUCUCAGACAUCCUCUGGUCCUAAUUCUGAGGAAUCCCAGUCCACUCGAGCAGGAAAAAUGGACUCGGAGAGUCCUGCAAACAUUGCUCCUGAUUCCCCUGUAAGACCAAAAGAAUCUGGGACAAAGUGUGAACCAGUGAGGCUGACUGACAGACUUCCCAGUGAUACAACAGAGGAUGAGGAUGUUAUCCCAGACACCCAGACUGAAGCUGAGGUAAAGGGGAAUACAGAAGUGGAAUCCUCAAGCCAAGAAGAGGAGUCUCAACAGACUCUGGAUGAUUCUCAAUCCUCUGUGAGCGAGACUUCUCCAGGUGAUCUGAGAAGGUCCGGGCGCCAAAGGGUUAGACCUCUGCUGCCUGGAGAGGACCCUGAGGAACGGGACAAGAAAUACACACCGGUGAAGAGGAAACGAUCUCAUGGGGAACCUAAAGGGGAUUCACCAAAGUCUGACUCAAUUCCAAGCAGACCAAACACAAGAAGUAAGAAUGCUGCUGAAGAGCACGGUUCCAGAGACAGAUUACGAACGAGGGCGCAAAAAGACAAGGGGGAGUCGAGCCGAACCAACUCUCAGGGCAGAACACAGAAGAAGUUCAAACUUUACAGCAAUUCAGAGGAGUUCCUUGAUCAACCUGAACCCAGAAGGAGGAGCACCAGAGAUCGUGAGUCCAGCCAAACUGACUCACAGUCUGAUAGCCAGUCGCAGGGUAGACCCGGUCAGCGGCGCAGGUCAUCUUUGGAGACCAAGUUCGAAGCUGAUGUGAAGAAAAAAGUAGUGCCUGGCAAAGACCAGCCUAGCCAAACCAGCCAGCGAUCCGAUACACAAUCUCAGUUUGAAAGCCAAUCACAGGGUGGGCUCAGUCGACAGAGCACGCCAUCGUUGGAGACCAAGGGGGAUAGUAUGACCAAAAAAGUUUUGCUUUGUAAAGAGUCCAGCCAAACUGCGACUCCAGAGCUUCAGCUGGUGGAACUUGCUGAAAAGGACAAAGACGAGCCAAAGGAAGAUUCUCAAAUGAUCACCUCUGCCCCUAAAACUUUCAGCAAUUCUCAAGAGUUCAACCUUGUGGAACAGAUCCAAAAAGAUGGCCAUACUGAAAUGGACAUUUCUGCUCCUCUUAAGGAAUCCCAAGAUAAAACUAUUACGACUGACAAGUUGUUGAAUGCGUCUGAAGACAAAGACGCGAAGAAGGAAGGUAGUCAAAAGGAUUCUCAAGUUAUCACUCCAGCUUCCCUGGAUAGUCAGUCUUUGGGUAAAUCCAGAAGAAGCAAAGGAACAUCUGAUUCUGGUGACCAAUCCCAAGAGUCUGACUUGACAGAAAAGGCCAAUAAGAAAGAGGAACAUUCGCAGGCAGAUGUUUUGUUUAGAAAUAACAACUCCCAAGAUGGAAAAAACAAGUCAGUGAAUGUAUCGGCGACAAAAGAAGGUACAGAUGGCAACCUUAGUCAAGAAGACUCUCAAGUUAUCACGCCUUCGUUGUCUGAUAGCCAAUCACUAUGUACGUCCAGGAAGAGCAAGACAUUGUCUGAUUCGCCACUGGUCACAUCUUCUCCUAAAAAUGACAGCCAAUCCCAAGAACCCAAGGUUAUUGAAAAGGAGAAACAGGACUCUCAGAUAGAAGCCUCUUUUCUGACCAACAAGUCUCAAAAUGGAGCAAGUACGAUAAAUAACAAAUUGGUGAACGAACCAGAGGCUGAAGACAAAACCGAAACAAGAGACGAUAUAGAUGAGAACACUGAUAGCCAACCUCUACGUAAAUCCAGUAGAAGCAAGGCAUCGUCUGAUUCUCAACCGGUCACAUCUUCUCCUAAAACUGACGGCCCAUCCCAAGAAUCCCAGAUUGUCGAACAGACCAAAAAGGAGAAACGGGACUCUCUGAUCGAAGUGGCCAAUGACUUCCAAGAUGGAACAAGUACAUUAAACAAAUCGGUAAAUGAACCAGGAGUCAAAGACAAAAGCAAGACAAGUGAAGAUGGAGAUGAGGACUCUCAAGCACCCACGCCUUCCUCUGAUAGCCAGCCUCUACGUAAAUCCAGAAGAAGCAAAGCAUCGUCUGAGGCAGCAGAGCCUGAAGAUAAGAGUAAGAAUUCAUUGAGAAGGCAGAGUAGAUCAAGUUCUCAGAUAUUAGAAACUCCUGACCAGGCAGAGACCGGAAUUGGAGGAAGGACCAGAAGGAGCAUGGCAAAGGAGGAGCAAUCAAAAUCAAGUCCUAACUCGACGCCAGGAGGAUCUCAGAUGUUGGACGCUGCAGAAUCAACGGAGUCCUCUCAAGGCAGGGGCAGAUACUCAAGAAGAUCCUCUCAAGCAUUGGUAGCCAGCGCAGAGUCCUCACAGUGUGAAUCAUCCGAGGCCAAAGAAAGUCCUCGUGUUCCUAAAAAGAGAGGAAGGAAACCUAAAGCAUCGCUCCAAAGUCCACUUGCGCUUCCACCUGAAGAAGACGCCAUCGAUACAAAUACGGACAUGGACGAUUCUCAGGCUUCACAAAGCGUAGAAUCUAAGACGACAACAGAUUUAGAGAAUUCAACAGAGGGUUCACAGGUUUCUGAACCCCCACAGGGGACAAGUUGUGUUGAGGAGCAAAGUAAAGAAGAGUCGCCCAUGGAAGUAGAGGAUAAUCCUGAGGCAGACACGACAGAAAUUAACGAAGUCCUCGCAGUGUCACCUUGUGAAGAACAACAAAGACAAACGGUCACAGAAACAGAAAUUCAUAAAACCUCUCCCCGAAAGACUGGGGACUUGAAAUCUGUUGAUGAGCCUGAAUCUCUACAAAUCAGUGCGGAGCCAAUGCAGGAGUCGGUGUUAGCUGCUUUGGAAAAAAUGGCGCCCCCUGAUGAGGUGCCAGAGCAGCUGCAGGUCUCAGAUUCUUCAGAGGAGAAGGCUGAAGUUUCAGAGGAACACAAUGUGGAAUCAGAUUCAAACCACCAAGAACAACCAAUCCUUCCAGUUGUUCCAGUCGAGGAAUCAUCUAAAGACAACCACUUUUCAACACUAGAGGAGAUAACCUGUGCUGCUGACGACACCACACAAGAGACCUAUACAGAAGCUGAGAUUAUUAACUGCCAGGCAGAAAAGGAAACGCCGACCACUCACACGGAAAACGAUUUAGCUGAAAAUGUGGAUGCAGCUCCAAAUGAUGCUCUGAAUACAUCAGUGUCAUCAGAAUCGACAAACAGCCUGGAGAAUGCCGAAAAACUUCAGGGUUCUCCGGCAAAGCAAAAGGACCUGGAGGCUGUAAUGGGUCAAGACGUAGGCCAAAGCCCCAGUGGCAGGACCAGAGGAUCCUGGUCUCCUUCAGCCUCCCCGUCGACCAGUAUUCUCAAAAAGGGCCAGAAGAGACCGUUAGAGGAGGAGGUGGCGCUCUCACCUCUGGUCAAAUCCAGGCGUGUGUCCUUUGCUAAUCCAAUCCAACAUCAGGAAACCGCUGACGACAUCGACCGACGCAGCCCUGCGUUAAGAACCAGCUCCCCAAGAAGAUCCAAAGUUAGCAACAUCCCUCAGCCCAAGUUUGUCACCACUCCAACAAAGGGGAUGCUGAUCCUGAGUCCCAGAAGUUUGCACAGUCCUGGCUACAAGAGCUCCAAGAAAUGCCUGAUUUCUGAGAUGAGCCAGGAGCCGCGGCCGGUCUCUAGAGACUGCAUCUACCCUGCGCUGGUUGGCUGCUCUACACCUGUAGAAGCUGUUCUCCCUCAGAUCUCGUCCAACAUGUGGUCUCGUGGUUUCGGGCAGCUUGUUCGAGCCAGAAACAUCAAAACCGUGGGUGACCUCAGCGCUUUGACGCCUGGGGAAAUCAAGACUCUGCCGAUCCGCUCCCCUAAGAUCUCCAACGUGAAGAAGGCACUUAAAAUCUACGAGCAACAGCGUAAAGGACGAGGCGGAGAUGAGCUCAAGAGUUUUGAUGAAACCGAGAUGAUGACCUCUGAACUGGAGGAGACCAGGGCCCCUCAAAACCAGGAUGAAGAGGACAAGACCUCAGCAGAGACGCUAGCUACAGAGCUGCUGGACGAGCCCGUCCUUCCUGCAGAUACGAAGCCAGAGAACGGCGUCUCCGUGUAUCAGACGCGUGACGCGGCGCCCGGAGAGGAAACGCCUGUACGACCUCUGCAGCCGGAGCGUCUUCUGGCAGAGGUGGACGCUCUGACCUGCAGGAUGACUCCACAGGGACUCGCUCAGUGCUCACCACAGCAGCUCGUUGGGAUGCACGACCAGCUGGGAGGCAUGAUGAGGCACGUGGUGGUCGAGCUGCAGAAACGACUCUGCAAGACGGACGAGGCGCCCUGAAAGGACUUCUUUUUCUGCUGCUGAAUUAAACAUCUGAACAGGCGCAAAAAUACACAAACACCAGACUUUCUUAGUGUUGAGAAAUCUUGAAGCGGACGAUUUUACAGCGGAGGACUUUUAACUAUUUUAACCCAGAAAGACUUUUUUUCUGAUUUUGAUUUUUCUUUCUUUGUCUAAGGUGUUUUUAAAAAUUGCUCGCGGCACAUUUCCGCCCUUCGUUUGUAGCUCGACCUGUCGUGUAGUUUAAACAUUUUUAAAGGAACACUCAAAGGGAAGCACAGCCUCACUUUCCAGGCUGUCAGAAGAUUUUUAGACGCUGUAGUAUCGACGUGGAUGUUUAUUUUGCUUUUGUCCUCUGACUUUGAAACAGACUGAAGUCCUGCUGCUGACUCCUCCCUCUUUGUACAUACGCUCCAUGUCGUGGCACUUCCUUGCUCCAUGUGCCUGUUUUUUUUUUUUUUUAGGACGUUUACAUCUCACCUCAUCACUGCUCCUGUAUAUUUUGUUGGAUUGCUUCUCGGUUACUUCAUGUCUUGUCUCGUUUUUAUGUCACAAAGUCUAUGUGGUAACAUUCUGCACUUCAGCCUCUUUUUGUGGUUUUAAAAUAUUUCAAUAAAAAGACAUCUGAUAAGGA